AUGGCCUGGAGGCGGCCCAUAGGACCUAGGAGCCGAGUGCGAAGUACAAGUGGCAGGCUUGAAGCACACUCAAGGCAAGCAAGAUCGGUACAUUCUGUGGUCGACGAAGACCAAUCGUCGGGGAAAUCACAGGAGGCGAUCGAAGACGAAGACGAUGUCUCAGCCUCACAAACCCUGGCUCGGACGAGUCUGGCACAAUUCUUCCAGCGCGGCGUGCCUUCAGCCCACUGGGAGGUCUUCCACACUCUAGACAGGAUGAGGACGGCGUAUAUCGGAACCCACGUUGCCAACCUCAGCCAUUUGAUCAACUUGGACCAGUCGUCCCGACAUUUCUUGCUCUACCCGCAUCCGGAAAUCCAUCCAUCUCCACCAUCGCUCCCUCCGGCCCUAGAUCCAAGUGGUCAUGGCCAGGGCCAGGGACAGGGGCUCAGCUCCAAACUUCGUGGCAUCGCCGCCUUCCUCUCCAAGGAGAUUCGAGACGAUCUUGUCGAGUCCUUCUUCUCGAAGAUCAACCCCAUCUUCCCUGUGGUCGACGAGGCCCAAUUCAGGUCCAGAUAUCAUGAAAGCCAAGCUCCACCGCCUCUACUGCUGUUGCAGGCCAUCCUCAUGGCCGGGGCGCACGUGUCGCAGCACAAGAAGGUGGCCGAGUCUAGAUCCAUGAUCAAGUCACUCCUUUUCCGGCAGGGCAAGUGGCUCUUCGACACGCGGCACGAAAAUGACCGACAGCACCUCGUUCAGGCAGCGUUGCUGUUCACGUGGCAUGUAGAAAACGCCGACACGGUCAGCAUGAACGGCCACUUUUGGUCCGGGGUGGCGUGUCGCAUAGCCUUUGGCAUGGCGAUGCACAGAAACAUCCUGUCGGAUCCUCCCGAGAGGAUGCCCUUUGCGAACCGAAGACUGUACCGGCGUGUGUGGUGGACACUGUUUCAGGUCGAAGUCCUGUCGGCUCUGGAGCAUGGCCGACCUUCCAUGAUCCGGCUGGAAGACUUUGACCAGCCCCUGUUGGAGCUCCAGGACUUCCAGGAGGCCGACGGCGUGGUCAACUCGAGGCUCAAUUUCCAAUACUCGGUCAAAAACAUCGAACUAUGCUUCAUUGUCCUCGACAUCCUGAAGCUGACCUCGCCUGGCUUUGUGCGGCCCGACACCCCGAUCGGUCUGGACUCGUUCCACUCGCGGCUGGCAGCCUGGGCGAUGGACCUCCCCAGGGACGCAGACUGCGAAUUCUGGUCUCUGCACCUGCAGCUUCACUACCACUGUGUUGUGCUGCAUCUAUUCAGGCUGCCCAAUGGCCAAUGCGCCAGUCCGCUGACGCCCUUGCCAUUGGACUGGGUCGAGCUGUGCAACGGCGCGGGCCGAGCCAUCCUGGCCAUUUUCGAAACCAUGAUGGCCACCAAAGUCAUGGAUCGAUGCUCCUCGACCAGCGUCAUGGCCUUGACCGCCUCCGCGAUUCAGCUCUCGAAAGAGAUCCAGCAUUCGCUCCGUCAGCGGUCCACGUUGGUGGCCCUGAAUCUGAUCCGUGACCUGGAGCGGCUGUUCCCCAUCGCCACCGCGCUCUCGGAAAGUUGGCCGAAUGCCGAGGGCGUCUUGAGGCUGUUCAGCCACCUGGUCGAGAACUUCAAGGCCUUGGUCGAGACCCAACACCAUUCUCCCCCUCGGCGCGAGAGCUUCAACAUCGAUGCAUUGCAGGAUCUCAACUGGGAAGAAAUACUGCGUUAUCCCUCGCCCUACCAGUUGGACGAGGCGGACAUCUGGCUGGACUCCUGGACGAACCCGGAAACAUAA